UUCUGUCAUAGACAGUACAUUCAAAAGACAAGCACGCGGAAUGGAAAUGGACAUAGUCACUACACCUUCGUUUUUUGGUGAAAUAGGGCUGUGGGCGGUGCGCACGGCGGUGCACGAGGCCGCGUUCCUGGGCCACGCCCUGCUGCUGCACCAGCUCAUCCAGAGCGGAGCCGCCGUCAACACCAUGACGAUGGACUCGAUCACCCCCCUACACGAGGCCUGCACACAGGGACAGGCCCAGUGCGCCAGACUGCUGCUGGAGGCCGGAGCGCAGGUGGAUGUCCGCACGGUCCAUGGCAGCACUGCGCUGUGUAACGCCUGCGCUGCAGGAAGUCCGGAGUGCGCCAAACUCCUGCUGGAGUACGGAGCCACCGCCAACCCCACCCUCACUGCUCUGACCGCUACGCCCCUGCACGAGGCCUGCAUCCGAGGUAGCGUGGACUGCGUGCGGCUCAUGAUCGCAGGCGGCGCUGAGCUGGAGACGUAUGACAUCUACUUUGGGACCCCACUGCACGCGGCGUGCACCAAGCAGCACGUGGAGUGUGCCAGGGUGCUGCUCAACGCAGGGGCCAACGUCAACGCUGCCAGGUUUCACGAGACGGCGCUCCACAUCGCAGCCAAACACGACAGCGUGAGUCUGAUCCAGAUGCUGGUGGCGUUCGGGGCGGACCGGCGCGCCAAAGACGGGCGCGGCAAGAGGCCCGUGGACUACGCCCGGCCUGGGUCCCACUCUGCUCAGUGCCUGGACUUCUCCGGAAGUACCCCCCAAAACCUGCAGCACCUGUGCAGGCUGGCUCUACGGAGUGCCCGGGGCAGAAGAACGCUCCAGGGGGUGUCCAAACUCACCGUACCUUACCUCUUACUCGACUACCUCUACUGCUCCUGAAGAAAACAGC